GCAGGCGCGUGGCGGCCUGGGCGGACCAGCGCUGGUCCCUGGUCUGUCAGGUCCACGUGCUGAAGUUUAUCGCCCCGCAGAUAUGCUGAGCCGGCUCGGCGGCCGGUGGCCGCGGCCACUGCCUGCCGCGCAGCUUAGGGCUGGGCGCCUGCCGCGUGUGCCGGGCCUCCAGCGCCCUGCCCUCCCGGUCUGGGCGGCGGCCUCGGUCUCUGCAGCGGGCGCCGGCGGCUGGUACGAGGCCCUGGCCGCGUCGGCGCCGGUGCGGGGCGCGGAGCAAGUGCUGCUCAGCGCUCACGCUGCCACUGGCCUGCCCUGGUGGGGCAGCAUCCUGCUCACUGCCGUGGCCUUGCGCGGCGCCAUCACGCUGCCCUUGGCCGCCUACCAGCACUACAUCCUGGCCCAGGUGGAAAAUUUGCAGCCAGAAAUAAAAACCAUUGCCAGACAUCUUAACCAAGAAAUUGCAAUUCGUGCAAAUCAGUUGAGGUGGUCCAAAAGAGUUGCCAGGCUCACUUAUCUAAAGCACAUGAGGAGGUUUGUUUCAGAGCUGUAUGUUCGGGAUAACUGCCACCCUUUCAAAGCCACUGUGCUGGUCUGGAUCCAGCUCCCAAUGUGGAUCUUCAUGUCUGUUGCUCUCCGGAACCUGAGCACAGGGGCGGCACAUUCAGAAGCAGGUUUUUCUGUUCAGGAGCAGUUGGCUAAUGGUGGGGUCCUAUGGUUUCCUGACCUUACUGCUCUGGAUUCCACAUGGAUUCUGCCCGUCUCUGUUGGUGUUGUCAACUUAUUAAUAGUGGAGAUUUUUGCACUACAGAAAAUUGGAAUGUCCCGUUUUCAGACGUACAUCACCUACUGUGUCCGUGGGGUGUCAGUGUUGAUGAUUCCAGUUGCUGCAACGGUCCCUUCGUCACUUGCUCUCUACUGGUUGUGCUCCAGCCUCAUGGGCCUUUCACAGAACUUGCUGCUGCGUUCUCCUGGAUUUCGCCGACUUUGCAGAAUACCGCUGACCAAGUCAGAUUCAGAAACUCCCUAUAAAGACCUAUUAGCUGCUUUUUAUGCCAAGAUCAUUUCCAAAAAAUGACAUAUUUCAGUAAUUUUCAAGCAGUUAUAAGUGUUACUAUCACCAUCAUGUGUGUAGAGAUUCCAGUAUUAUUUAAUUUGCCUUUGUUUAAAAUUAUGGACUAAAUGAAAUACUGUAAGUUGAGACAUAUUU